AUGGGUAGAGUAGUAUUAAGAUGGAAAAAUAAAGAAAAAGCAGUUCUUUUAACAACAAUAGAAAAUUUAAAAAAGAAUAACCCAAAUAAAGAAUUUACACCAAACGAACUGGCAGUAGAGGUUAAAACGAUUAAAAUCUUUGAUAGAUUUACAGAGGCUCAAGUGUGUAACAAAAUCAACAACACUUUUAGACCCCCAUACUCUAAUGAAAUACCCCGUGUAGUAAAGAAACAAAAGCACGAUGGUGAGUUUGCAGAUUCUCAAAUGCCUCCCAUGUCUCCCAAUACAGCAACAAGCAUUCAACAGACAGACGAUCUAGAUCCAAUCAUUUCUCGUCAUUCAAAUUAUCAACAUUUUUCUAAUAAUCGUACUACCGCUCCAAAACCUGAACCUACAACUCCUGCUCUUAUUCCUACUACUACGAGUACAAAUACUAGUACUCCUUGUAAUGGUAGUACUGCUAGUAAACCUCAAAAGUCAUCAACUCAAUAUGUGAAUCCAACUUGUACAUUCUCAGAAACUGAAUCAACUACUACACCAACCACUAUUCCAAUUGUGGCCAAUACACCACCUUCAUCAGCACCAUUACUAUCUAAUCAUAAUAAUAAUACAAUGCCAGAUAAAUAUAUAGAUGAUAUAGACACCCUUGGUUACAACAACAACAAUAAUAGCAUGUUUAUUUCAUUUUAUGGUCAAGGUAAUGAAACUUUAACCAUAUAUCUUCCACUAUGUAUGGGUGAGACAUUCAAACACACCAUCACAUCAAGUGGUGAUAUCAUUGUACAGGUGUUUAGAUCUGACUUUUGUUGCGAUUUCACUAAAACCAAAAGAUUGCCCCAUCCAUUGGCUGGAACAUAUCGAGCCUAUUUUAAAAGACCACAAGACUAUGGUAUGCCAGUUUUGGCAACAAACAAAGGAUACAAAGAAAUGUAUCUUCAAGAAAUGUGUGGAUUUACUUUUAAAAGAGAGAUUAAAGAAAUCUCUGAAGAAGUUGAAUUAUAA